UAAUAAUAAGUCUUAAGAAUUUUUCAAUCUGUCCAGCCAUACGCUAGCUGUCAUCCUCCUUUUUUUAUCGCACUAAAAUAAACUCCUACAUUAGUGAUCAGAGUGCAACUAAAUGUCAUAUAGUUGAACAUGUCAUAUAGGCGUUUCCAGUUACAUUUAGUCCCUUGCAGUCUUGUUCAAACACUUUGAUUACAAACAGAAAGGGGACGUGGGAGUCGUAAUAAAGAAACAUUUAAUUCUACUCUUCCUACUUUCCUUUCUUCAAUAUCUGUUAAUCAUCCUACCCUUCUUCCUUUGAUACCCACACGUAGCAAGUCUCAGUCUCAAGUACAUAUAUACUGGUAAAAUUUUGAUGACAAACACAAGUACUGGAAUAAUGGAAAGCUGGUUCAUCAUUAUGGUCACAUUCUGUAUCUCUUUCUUCCUCAUACUUCUCUUUAAUCUUUUCUUCCAGAAAACAAAGAAACUCCCACCGGGUCCCUUUAUCUUCCCAGUGAUUGGGAUGUUACCAUUGCUAAGAAAAACCAGUCGCGAUCUCGAACUCAUGCUUCGAGAUUUCAAACGCAAAUAUGGUCCUAUCAUCGCCAUUAAAAUAGGCUAUUCAUCUCCAUCCAUAGUCAUCAGCAGCCACUUGUUAGCCCACCAGGCUUUAGUUCAGCAAGGUGCCAUUUGCUCCGAUCGGCCAAUUGCUUCAACGACCAGUAAAAUUUUCAACUCUAACCAGCGGACAAUAACAUCCAGCUCUUAUGGUCCCACGUGGCGGCUCCUUCGUCGAAACCUCAUCUCAGAAAUGCUCCAUCCCUCUCACAUCAUCAAGUCCCACUCCAAGAACCGAGCUUGGGUACUAGGCAUACUCAUUCAAAAGCUCCUUCUUGCUCAUGAAUCAGCCGCAGCUGAUUCUGCCACGGAAGCGAUCAUGUUACUUGAUCAUUUUAAGUAUGCUAUCUUCUGUCUCCUUGUCCUCAUCUGCUUUGGGAAUAAGCUCGAUGAGUUUCAAAUACGGCAAAUUAAAGACGCGCAACAUCGAGCACUUAAAAGUUUUCACCGUUUCAGAAUACUAGAUUACUUUCCUGAAUUUUUAGGAAAAACAAUAUUUAGAAAACGCUGGAAACAGCUCAUUGAACUACGAAAAGAGUUGGACGAGGUCUUCAUCCCUCUGAUCCAAGAUCGGGUGAAAUACAAAUUAGAAGCAGUGGGAGCGCCUAAACCUGGAAUUGAUCAUCGUCACAAAGAAGAGGAGCUGGAAGCCGAUAUUGCUUAUGUUGAUACGCUGGUGAAUUUGGAAUUGCCAGAAGAAAAGCGGAAGCUCAAUUACCAAGAAAUGGCCAGCCUCUGCGGCGAGUUCCUUGCUGCUGCCAGCGAUACGACAUCCACCGCCUUACAGUGGAUUAUGGCAUGCUUGGUAAAGUACCCUUCCAUUCAGGAAAAACUGUAUAAAGAAAUAUGCCAAGUUGUGGAAUCAACACCAUUAUUACAAUCAAUUAAGAACAAUAAGGUGAUAGAGGAGGCAGUGAAGGAGGAUGAUUUACAGAAAAUGCCAUACUUGAAAGCAGUGAUUUUGGAAGGUCUUAGGCGACAUCCACCAGCUCACUUUGUUCUGCCACAUAGGGUGACAGAGGAUAUGGAAUUGAACGGCUAUGUUAUACCCAAGAAUGCUACCAUCAACUUUAUGGUGGGGGAAAUGGGCUUGGACCCAAAUGUGUGGGAUGAUCCAAUGGAAUUCAAGCCAGAGAGAUUCUUGGUGGAUGGAGAUGGAACUCUUCAAGAGUUUGAUAUAACGGGGAGCCGAGAGAUCAAGAUGAUGCCAUUUGGUGCAGGGAGGAGAAUAUGCCCAGGAUAUGGCUCUGCUAUGCUCCAUUUACAGUACUUUGUGGCUAAUUUGAUUUGGCAAUUUGAAUGGAAGCCUGUUGAGGGAGAUAAAGUUGAUCUAACAGAAGGGUCAGAUUUCACCGUUACAAUGAAGAAUCCAUUGCGAGCUCGCAUCAGUCCCAGGUGUUGUAUGGGGAGCUUAUAGAAACCACAAGUACCAUUCAGUUUAAUUUCAUAAUUCGGUAACCAAAUGAAAGGGUGCUUUGGCUAAUGAUGUUUCUAUACAGCACCAUUUUGUUUCAUACUAUUAUGAAGAUGUCUUUUUGGUGUUUCAA